AUGCAGGGCAACGGGCGCGAUUUCGUUUCGGCCUUUUUUUCCGGCAAAGAAGGGCUUCACAGCCUGGCCGCCCGCGAACGUUCACUCCGCGAGCUGCUCGUUGAUAAUGAUACCGAGCUGGAGUUGUUCGACGAAAACCUCAAGCUUAUUCGCGGCCUUCUCGAAGAAAACUCCGUCGAAGACGCCACAGGGGUAUGUGUGUUUGCCUGUGCGCUGCUCGACUUUGUCCGUGGCUACCCCAUCAAUAUGCCCGUCCCCACCGAGAUGCACGUGGGGUCGUCGCCAUACAUUCGCCCGUUGGCCGAACUUCAGGAUGAAUACGAAACCUUCGCCCUGGUUGCCUGCAACAAUGAGAAGACGCGAAUCUUCCUGGUGACCAACGAAACUGCCAAGCUCGAAGAAUCGGUCCGCGGCGAUGUCAAGAACCACGUGCGAAAAGGGGGCUGGUCGCAACAACGAUACGAACGCCGCCGCGACAACGAGCUUCAUCAUUAUGCUCAAGGGGUCAGCGACGCCCUCGAGACAUUACGCCGGCAAUACAACUUCGAACGAGUGGUCCUCAUCGGCUCUCGAGAGACCAUGGAGGAGAUCGAAGACGAACUGCCCGAGAAAUUGGCCGAGUUGGUCGUGGCCAAAGAUGCUUUCGACCUGGGGCGUGGCCAAGACGCGAUGAUCGAACAGGCGUACGAAGAGUACUUUGCCGACGAACGUCAGGACGAAGAACAUCUAUGGGAACGAAUCAAAAACGAAUACAUGAGCCACUCCCGCGGCGCGAUGGGGGCCACGGCGGUGCUCGAGGCCGCUCUGGCCGGAAGGAUCGACACGAUGAUCGUCACCCGAGACGCCAAGUUGCCGGGUACCCAGUGCCGCGACUGCGAACAUCUCGUGCAUGGCAGCCCCGAGACUUGUCAGCAAUGCGGGUCGAAGUCGGUCUUUGAAGUCGCCCUCAUCGAUGCCCUCACUCGCCAGGUCGAACUCACAAGCGGCCAAGUGAACUUUGUCGACGAGAUUCCCGGCCUCACCAAGGCAGGCCACGUUCGUCGGUCGCUAGCCAGGAACGAUCGCCCACCCGCCCACUUCGGUGGCGGUAAUUCGACGGUGCGAGGGAAUUUCGCCUUCCGACGUUUACCGAAGACUCAGGCCUCAGAGCACCAGGACCGGGCCUUCAGUUCGCAGCCUGGCUGCAAGUCUACCGAUUAG